GCCCGGAGUCCCCGUCGCCCGCCGAGCAGGCGGAGUCGGGCGCAGCGAAGCCCGGCGCUGGGCGGCGGCGCCAAACUUUGGGCGAGCCCGCCCGGAGCGCAGCGGGCUCGCCUCCCCGCCAGAGCGGCGCAGCGCGGCCCGGGCACGGCUCGGCGGAGGGAGGCGCGGCGCGGUCUGGCCACUGUCUCACGAUGCAAAGGGUUGGAACCCUGCGAACCCAUCGAACGAGACAGCUCCACUGCUUAUUUUGGAGUAGUCCAGUUAGCUGCAACCAUGGGCCCUAUGGGAGUACUGGUGGAAGAGAACCGCACAAAAGAAGUAAAAAUGGAGCUGUACACCAGGCUAUACUUGCCAGGCCUCACCACACCACUCAGUGAGCUGGCAUCUGACCCCAAACCAGAACUGAAAGACAGUACCAACCUGGUCGAGGUGCAGAUAGUCCUCAUCAUUGCCUAUUGCUUCAUCAUCCUGCUGGGGGUGAUGGGCAACUCCCUGGUGAUCCAUGUGGUCAUCAAGUUCAAGAGCAUGCGUACUGUGACUAACUUUUUCAUUGCCAACCUGGCUGUAGCUGAUCUGCUGGUGAAUACACUGUGCCUGCCCUUCACCUUAGUUUACACACUGUUGGGAGAAUGGAAGCUGGGCCCAGUGCUGUGCCACCUGGUGCCUUAUGCCCAGGGCCUUGCAGUGCACGUGUCAACUGUCACCUUGACUGUGAUUGCCUUGGACCGGCACCGCUGCAUUGUUUAUCACUUGGAGAGCAAAAUCUCCAAGCGAAUAAGCUUCCUGAUCAUUGGCGUUGCCUGGGCUGUCAGUGCGCUACUGGCUAGUCCCCUGGCCAUCUUCCGUGAGUACUCUCUGAUUGAGAUCAUUCCUGAUUUCAGGAUUGUGGUCUGCUCUGAGAAGUGGCCUGGUGAGGGGCAACUCAACUAUGGCACCAUCUACAGUGUCUCUAUGCUCCUGAUCCAAUAUGUUUUGCCUCUGGCAAUCAUCUCCUAUGCCUACACCCGUAUCUGGACCAAACUAAAGAACCAUAUCAGCCCUCGGGCUGGGAAUGAUCACUACCACCAUCGGCGGCGGAAGACCACUAAGAUGCUGGUGUGCGUGGUUGUGGUGUUUGCUGUAAGCUGGCUGCCCUUUCACACUUUCCAGCUUGUCAGUGACAUUGACAGUAAAGUGUUAGAUCUGAAGGAGUACAAGCUAAUCUACACAGUGUUUCAUGUCAUUGCCAUGUGCUCAACCUUUGUUAACCCUCUUCUCUAUGGCUGGAUGAACAGCAACUACAGGACAGCCUUCCUCGCAGCCUUCCAAUGCGAACAGCGACUGGAUUCCAUUCACCCUGAGGUAUCAGGAGCAUUCAAAGCCAAGAAGAACUUGGAAGCAAAAAAGAAUCAUUGCACUGGAGCCCCUACCAAUGUCUAAGAAUGUCAGGCAUACAAAAAAAAAAAGGAAUAUACUCUGGCCAGAGAGAGAUCCGUUUUGACAGAUGCACUUUUUAUACACAGUUUUAA